UUUACUUCCUUGUUUUCGCUCUCUUGAAUUCGUGUUCAUUCUGAUUAGGGUUUUCGUUCAUCACGAUCGUCUUUCAAUUCAUUGAUUGAAUCGCAAGGGCGUAAAAUCUCGACGGAGAUAAAGGACAAUGUCUCGUGUCUACGUUGGCAAUUUGGAUCCGCGAGUUUCUGAGCGAGAACUUGAAGAUGAAUUUCGCGUCUAUGGCGUUCUAAGGAACGUGUGGGUUGCUAGGAGACCACCUGGUUACGCGUUCGUGGAGUUUGAUGAUCGCAGGGAUGCUCUAGAUGCUAUUCGGGCACUUGAUGGGAAGAAUGAGUGGCGUGUGGAGCUAUCCCACAAUUCGAAAGGAGGAGGUGGUGGUGGGCGUGGUGGAGGUGAGGAUUUGAAAUGUUAUGAGUGCGGUGAGCCUGGUCAUUUUGCAAGAGAAUGUCGCCUGAGAGUUGGGGGUCGAGGUGGAAGGCGUCGUAGCCCUAGUCCAAGGCGACGUAGGAGUCCAAGCUAUGGAAGGAGGAGUUAUAGUCCUCGUGGAAGAAGAUCUCCGCCACCUCGUUAUAGCAUAUCACCUCGCAGAGGUCGUAGCUACAGCAGAUCACCACCUCCUUAUCGCCGUUCAAGGCGUGAUGAUUCACCAUAUGGAAAUGGAGUGUAAAGGCUGAUAUGGUGCAAAAGGGUGAUGUUUUUUGAUGUGUUCAGCUUCUUCUUCAAACUUAGAGGUCUCUUUCAUACUUUUAGUAUUUACUCUUAAUGACUUUCUAAUGCUUUUGUGAUGAGUAUAAUAUCAUAUGUUUGUGAUUGGUUGCUAAACAAUUUAUUGUAUAUCUUCUUUUCAUUGUGCUGUGAGAGGUUUGGUUAUCAGCUCAGCCUUCGCUCUCUACUCUCUGCAUCUUAGACUACUCUUCUCUGCACAUCAUCAUCAUCAUCAUCAUCAUCAUCAUCAUGUUGGUGGCUUCUUGUGUUUUUUGAAAAUGAAGAGUUUCUAUUCAACCACAAUCACUAUGCCAAAUGGGAGUUGAUGUUAUGUGUUUUUUGAUCGAAGCACAUUGUUUUUAAGUGGAUGAAUCAAAGCUAUAAGUGAAGAUAUCACCUUCAAUGCAAACCGAACAUAAAUCUGGACAGAGGCAAUGCAAGAUAACUUAUCAUAUUCUAAAAUUUACCAUUAUCAAAUGUAAUAAUAGAAUGGUCAGGUUCGAUACAUAAAAAUAAAUUCUUGAUUCGACAAAAUUUACAAAAAAUAAUCAACAGCAAAUUACUAAA